GGGCAUCUCAGCUGUUUCGGCUGUCGAUUCUGUCGGUAAGGCCGGUAGCGGGUAGAACUCGGCCUAGUCGGUUAUACGCUGCUGGUAUGGUCCACUGAGUGCCUUAGCGUCUGAUUUUCUCACCUCGACGCUGUAUUUUUACAAAAACAGAUAACUUUUAAGGAGUUUGAGUAUCGUGAAUGGCUUAUAUCGUUUGUAGAAGGAUAGUUUUUGCUGGACCUCAAAGAAGAAAUUUGACCCUUAUUACCAAACUCCAUUUUCCUUCCAGCUGCGUCAAAUGAAUUCCGUCUAAACAACGAGGUCUUUUUAGGACACCUAACAUUUCGAAAAGGACGGCGCGUGCGGUGAGACCACCAUCAUCAUGGCCGUCUUCAGCUCCCAGGUGCUGCUCGCAGUCACCAGAUCGAGGGGAUCGUACUUGCUCUCCAAACGACCACCCUGCUCCCCUCUCUCGUCGUCCUGCAUCCGGUAUCACAUCGCAACGUUGGAGCUCUCGUCCUACAGUGCCCCCAGACCCCUCUAUCUUCACAUCUCACCCACCACCAGCCCACAGACCUUCUACACCCCCGCUCGGACCCUUCACUCCUCCUGCACAUGGCUCCAGGAAGUAAAGAGCACGCCCUCUAAUGGUGAAGAUGUGAAGGGUGACGUUGUUCCAGAACCCAUCAAAGCAGUUGCUCGUAAGUCUCUGGGCCAGAGAGUGCUGGAUGAGCUGAAGCAUUACUACCACGGCUUCCGGCUGCUGGGAAUCGACACGAAGAUCGCCGCGCGCAUGGUGUGGAGGCUGCUGCAUGGACAACAGCUCACACGUAGGGAGCGGAGGCGGCUGAUGAGGACGUGUGCGGAUCUGUUCCGGCUUGUCCCUUUCAUGGUAUUCAUCAUUGUCCCCUUCAUGGAGUUCCUGCUUCCUGUUUUCCUAAAGCUCUUCCCUGAAAUGCUGCCCUCUACUUUCGAAACGGAGUCCAAGAAGGAGGAGAAGCAGAAGAAGGGACUCGCGGCUAAACUGGAGUUGGCAAAGUUUCUGCAGGAGACGAUCGCUGAGAUGGCCCGCAGGAACAAAGCAGCUGUGGGAGGAGACGAGACGCAGCAGUUCUCAACUUAUGUCCAGCAGGUGAGACACACGGGUGAGCAGCCCACCACGAAAGACAUUGUGAAAUUCUCCAAGCUUUUCGAGGACGAAUUGACGCUGGAGCAUUUGGAGCGCCCCCAGCUGGUGGCUCUGUGUAAGCUGCUGGAGCUGCAGCCCAUCGGCACCAACAACCUCCUGCGCUUUCAGCUCAUGCUACAGCUGCGCAACAUCAGAGUCGACGACGAGAUGAUCUCUAAGGAAGGAGUCUCAGCAAUGACCGUAACGGAGCUUCAGGCUGCGUGUAGGAGUCGAGGGAUGAGGUCACUCGGUCUCUCGACAGAUCAGCUACGGCUACAACUCCAACAGUGGCUUGAUCUUCACUUGAAGGAAAAUGUCCCUCCAUCUUUGCUGCUGCUUUCCAGAGCCAUGUACCUGACGGACCUCAUACCAAAAGCACCUGUUAUUCCUCCCGUGCCCAAACUGGAGAAGUCUCCUGUUGAGAGUGAAGCAAAGUCCGUUUCCUCUCCUGUGGAAAUGCUGAUUGACUCCGCCCCCGUCAUCAAGGACAAGAAGGCAGAGGAACUGGCAGAUAAACAGCGUGAGUUGGAAAUGCCAUCUCCAGAAGCUCAGUUAAUCCAUGCGAAAGGAGCAGAACUGGCGCAGAAAUCCAAGAUCAGUGCUAAUGGACUUUAAUGGACGACUUCUGAAAAAUUCUCUCACUUUCUUUUUCUGUCUCUAUGAAAACACAUACA